AUGCAGCGGAGGCAGCAGCUCCAGGAGAUUGGUGAAGGAAGAAAACAGAGUUAUGUAAAUCAACUGCCAUCACUAAAGCAGGCUUCAGGUGCCCAAUUUCCUCAUCCAAUUAAUGGAGCAACCGUUAAUGAUUCAUCACAAAUGUUUGUGGACGUGAUACAACAUGGUGGAUCAGCGACUUUUGGUUUUUCUAAUGGAUUGGGUCUUUCACAACCUCAGAAUCUGCCUGGACGUCCUUUGGGAUUUUCACAACAGCAGUUUGGUGUACCUUUAUAUUCUCACCUCCAGGGGCCAUCUAAUGAUUCUGCCAAUCUGAUGGUCAUGAACAAAAAUAGCCCAUUGGAAAUGCCCACCAUGCAGCAAUCGGCCUUCAGUAACUCAGUUAUUAGUCAAAGAAGCGAUUUCUCUUCAGACCAGAUUUGCAUCCCAGAUGGAGCGCUGCUACCCAAUCAAGUGUUUGAGGAGAAGAAUUUGUUCGGACAAGGCCUUGUUCAAGGUUUCAAUGAUGGGAAUUUACAUGAGAACUACUCCCAGCAAGGGAACACCCAGCAGAGGAACACAUCAAUUCUUGAAUCUGAGGAGAGGCAAAACCAAGCUGGUUUGCACGGGCUUCCUCCAGGAAACGUGCCAAAACCAGGCCUUUUCCUGCAGCCUGGCACUUCUCUCGACCCAUUGGAACAGAAGAUCUUAUACAACACAGAGGAUAACACGGAUGCUGGAGGCUUUGCAUGUACCCUGGAUCUCACGUCUUAUAUGGAUGAAUUGCCUUCUAUGCAAAGUGGGAGCUGGAGUGCUCUUAUGCAGUCAGCUGUGGCGGAAACUUCGAGUGGUGACACUGGGGUACAAGAAGGCUGGAGUGGUUUGAGCAUUCAGAACCUAGAACCUUCAACUGAAAAUCACUGCUCUAAUUACAUUGACGGUGGGAAGCAGCAAAAGAAUUGGUUUGACUUGCCAAGUUCAAAACCUGAGCCCUUUUUUCAGAUUUCCAAUCUGAACUACAGCUUUCCUGGUUUUCAGCAAUCCGGUGACCAAUAUGUCAAACAAAGAGAGGAGUCACACUCCGAGUCUUCUCAUUCUUCGAUUCAGCAGUCCACUAGUGAUGCUAACAAGUGGUCAGAUUAUAGCCCUCAACAGAAGCAUCCUGUAGAAGGAAGUCAAAUGAUUCAAACAUCUUCACCUGUGCCAAACUUUUGGCUUGGUCAGCGUCAUGAGAAUUUGAGAAAUGAUACAGAUCAGUCUAGCUUUUUAUCAUAUGCCAAUGUGAACCGACCUUUCAGCAGCCUCUCAGGGCAUGAAUCGAGAGGCAAGCUUCAUGGCAGUACACCUCAGCACGUGACUGGUGGCAGUCAAAAGCCAUUUGAUCAGUCGAAUAAUCAAAGGUACUCAAAAGAAUCAUCGAAGAUGGCUCCCAGAAACAAUUUUGUGCCCACGUCAUCUCUCUUUGGUUCUCUCACUCAUCUGAACAUCCAAAGUGUGACUGUUCAAACAAGUGAAAGUAUGCUCGAUCUACUUAACAAGGGUGAUAUAUCCAUGGAACAAGCACAUGGGAAUUUGAACCCAAACGACUCAACUCAAAAGGAAGAGCCCCUAACUGAAACUUCUGCAUCUUUUGGUAAAUCACACAACAUUUCUUCUGUAUCACAAGGAUUUGGCUUAAGAUUGGGACUUGCAGAUCAGCAGACACCACAGCCAUACUCUUUCUUUCAAACUUCGUCGGGGAACUCAAGUGCAACAUCGCCUUCAAGUCAUUCACAUCUUCAAAAUCGUCAUCCUUCAGCUCCACCUGUGACUAUGGUGAGUCAUUUAGCAAGUAAACUUCCAGCAUAUAGCGCUGCUGCCUCCCAAGAUAGUGGUCCUCUUAAAAGCGGCCAUCUUUAUGAUCAAGAAUUACCUAUUUUGGGAUCUGUUCCAGUCACUCAGCCGUCAUUGACAUCAGGUGUGUCUCAGCAUGUGGGACUUCCCAUGGGGCUAUCCAAUGUGUGGCCAGCUUUGCUCCAAUCCUCUGAUUUAGCUUUGAGCAGUCCACAGGAUACCGCAGGGCAUUCACAUGAACAGCAUUAUCAAAACUCUUUUAAACGAGAGAAAAACAGUGUACAAGAAUAUGGUGCCCAUUCAGGAAAAUCAGAUCGUCGUGAACAGUGGUUGGGGAAAGAGGGGUCCCACCAAUAUGGCUCAACUGGGGUAGGUACCUCAAUUUCACAGAGUAGAUCUAUUCACGAGCAUGAGUCUAUGGGAAAGCAUCAAUUAGAAGGAGAUGUUGAACCUGGAUUGUUGAUGCAGCACUCUAAUAUGGCACAUCAGAGAGGCAACCAAACCCCUUUAUAUCCAACUAGAGAUACUGGAGCCUUUGGCAAUUUAUAUGCUCUCAAUCAAAAUCACUCCUUUAUGCACCAGGUGCAAAUGCCUCUAAAAACCGAGGAAGGUGAUUCUAGUAAAAACUUACCAAUUAAAUGUGAAGGUGUUGAUUUUGGUAUUAACUACCAGCAGCCUGGACAGAAGUCCGGAAUCAACGAUAUGGAGAAAAAUGAUGCAAUUUUGUCUGGAAACAAUAAAACACCAUGGAACUUUUGUCCAGAAGCCCAAGGUGAUCAGUUGGGCAAAACUUCAUCACAGACUUACCUUCAUGAUUCCCAACAGACGGCAAUGUUCGGCCAAAAUGAUACUCAGAGUGCAUCCAUCGGUAGUAAUGAAGGUUCUAACGUUACUUAUCAGUCCCAGAUUAGUUUGCAAAUGGCUCCGUCCUGGUUUAAACAUUAUGGGACCUUCAAAAACGAGCAGAUGUGGCCACGGUUCGAUGCCAAUACUGAAAUUACUGCAGUACAUCAACUUUCUGGAAGGACUCUAGCUAACUUGCCAACAAAUAGCUCAAUUCUGCAGGUGAAUUCGGCUAGUCAAGGAAGCAGCAUAUGGCCAAUUACAAUAGCAAGUAAACAAUUAUCUCCCUCUAAUGUGUUACCUUCAGAUAUCACUUAUCCAAACACGGAAGUUUCAAGACCAAAGAAGCGUAAGAUCGUUGCAUUUGAACUUGUACCAUGGCACAAAGAAGUAACUCAAACUUCAUGGAGGCUUCAAAAUAUCAGCACAUCUUUGUUAGAAUGGGCACAAGCUACAAAUAAAAUCUUUGAAGAGGUUAAAAUGGAGUCUGUACUCCUUGAAGAUAUUCACCCAUUGGUUCGAGCAAAAAGAAGGCUUAUCUUUACAACACAGCUUAUGCAGCAGGUCUUUCGGCCUGCACCAACAGUCAUUCUCUCUGCAGAUGCAAGUCCAAACUACGAUUUCAUGGCAUAUUUUGCUGCAAGAUUAACAUUGGGAGAUGCCUGCUGCCUGGCUCAAUUUCCGUCUGACACAAGUGACAAGUCACCUGAUAAGCUGAAAACUUUCAAGAGAACUGGCGCUUAUGAUUUCUCAAAAGUUGCAGAAGGCUUCACUAGUCAAAUGAAGAUGCUCAAGGGAAACAUGUCAAGAUUGGACAAGACUUCAUCGUUUACGGACAUUAAGGCAGAAGCCCAGGAGUUGGAGAAGUUCUCGAUCAUCAACCGUUUGGCAAAGUUUCACGGCAGGGCUCAUCAAGGUGUAGUCGAUACAGCAUCAUCUUCUGGCACAACACCAUCAGCUCAGAAACACCUUCAGAGAUAUGUUAUCGCAGUUCCAAUGACUAAGACAGUACCGGAGGGAACAAAUUGUCUUCCAUUGUGA